ACCUACCCACCCACUGCUUACCCCAAAGGCGGCCACGAAGGCCCGCGAGGCCGGACUGGCUCCGCCCACGCAGGCGGCCGCUGGGGGUUCGAAGGGCCCGCCCCUUCCGAGGAGCUUCCCAAAACCCAGCGCGGCAGUCCGCAGCCGCGCUAAGAUGGCGACUCCCAUGCAUCGGCUCAUAGCUCGGAGACAAGCUGAAGCAAAUAAGCAACAUGUAAGAUGUCAGAAAUGCUUAGAAUUUGGACAUUGGACUUAUGAAUGCACAGGAAAAAGAAAAUACCUACAUAGGCCUUCAAGAACAGCAGAACUAAAGAAAGCUUUAAGAGAAAAAGAAAACAGAUUAUUAUUAUUACAACAAAGCAUCGGAGAAACUAAUGUAGAAAGAAAGACGAAGAAAAAAAGGUCUAAGAGUGUCACCAGUUCCAGUAGCAAUAGCAGUGACAGUUCAGCCAGUGAUUCUUCAUCUGAGAGUGAAGAAACAUCUACCUCAUCCUCCUCAGAGGACAGUGACACCGAUGAAAGUUCCUCCAGUUCAUCAUCUUCAUCCUCCUCCACGAGCUCUUCCUCGUCCUCUGAUUCAGACUCAGAUUCUAGCUCUUCCAGUAGCAGCAGCACCAACACAGAGAGCAGCUCCGAGGAUGAACCACCAAAGAAGAAGAAAAAGAAAUAGAAUCGCUCUGUCCCUAUUGGACUGCCGGACUGAACACAUCAGUGUGAUUCUCGAAAGGGAAUUUAGAUCGUGUUAAGGCCAAACA